AUAGUCAACAUGGCUCUGGCUCAGGUCAGUCUUCUCAUAGUCAACAUGGCUCUGGCUCAGGUCAGUCUUCUAGCUGUGGUUAACAUGGUUCUGGCUCAGGCCAGUCUUCCAGCUGUGGUCAACAUGGGUCUGGAUCAGGUCAGCCUUAUAGCCAAUCUGGGUGUGGAUGGAGUCAGCCUUCUAGCUGUGGCCAACACAGAUCUGCCUCUCACCAUAGUCAACAUGGAUCUGGCUCAGGUCUGUGUUCUAGCUCUGAACAAUCUGGGUUUGAAUCUGGUCAGUAUUCUGGCACUGGACAAUAUGGGUCUGGCUCAUACAGCUCUGAACAAUGUGGCUUUGGAUUUGGUCAGUAUUCUGGCACUGAACAAUCUGGGUUUGGCUCAUCUCACUCAUCUAGCUCUGGACAAUAUGGUUUGGGAUCUGGUCAGUGUUCUGACUCCGAACAAUCUGGGUUUGGCUCAUCUCACUCAUCUAUCUCCAGACAAUAUGGUCUGGGAUCUGGUCAGUGUUCUGACACCGAACAAUAUGGUUAUGGCUCGUGUCAUUCAUCUUGCCCUAAACAAUGUGGUUCUGGAUCCAGUUGGUGUCCUAGCUAUGAGCAACAUGAAUUAGAAGGAAGAUGUGGGUUAAUUUUAAUUGGUACUCAUGAUGAGGACAGUAAACCCAAAAUAGGCUCAACUCCAAAUCAAUCAAGAAGAAAUAGCCAGGAACGGCCAGGG